UUCAAGUCCUACCUCUCUUAUUUAUAUAUAAAUAAGAGUUCGUCUGACUUUAGGCCAUCCAAGCUUCCAAGAUAUUCAAACAUAAUCAUGAACAUCAAUACCAGAUUCUAUUUUUCUCUUUUCCUCUUCAUUAUUAUUUCUGAAAGCUUCUUUUUGGCCAAGGGACAAAACACGACGGUCCCGGUUAACGUUGGUGUGGUUCUUGACUUGGAUACAUGGAAUGGGAAGAUGGGGUGGAGUUGCAUCAACAUGGCUCUUUCAGACUUCUAUGCCUCUCAUUCUUACUACAAAACUAGGCUGAGACUUACCGCCAGGGACUCCAAAAGCGAUGUUGUUGGAGCAGCUGCUGCAGCUCUAUACCUGAUAAAAAAUGCAGAAGCGCAAGCUAUCAUAGGGCCACAAAACUCUAUGCAGGCCAACUUUGUCAUCGAUCUAGGGGAGAAAGCUCAAGUGCCCAUUAUAUCAUUCUCAGCAACAAGCUCUUCUCUUACUUCCCUUCGAAGUCCGUACUUUUUUCGAGUCGCUCAAAAUGACUCAUCUCAAGUGAAAGCUAUAAGUGCAAUUAUUCAAGCUUUUGGAUGGAGAGAAGUUGUGACAAUCUAUGUAGACAAUAGUUACGGGGAAGGUAUAAUACCUGACUUGAUUGAUUCCUUGCAAGAGAUUGACGCCCGUAUCCCAUAUCGAAGUGUCAUUCCUACAUCGGCCACAGAAGACCAAAUUGGUCAAGAACUUUACAAGUUGAUGACAAUGCAAACAAGAGUCUUCAUUGUGCACAUGCCACACAAUCUUAGUGCUCGGCUUUUCACCAAGGCAAAAGAAAUUGGAAUGAUGAGAGAAGGUUAUGUUUGGAUCAUUACCAAAGGGAUAGCCAACUCAUUUACUUCCAUAGAACCUUCAGUCAUGGACUCAAUGCAAGGGGUACUUGGUAUAAAGACUUAUGUUACAAAAACAAAAGAGCUUGAAGAUUUUACAAUUCGAUGGAAAAGAAAAUUCCGAAAAGACAAUCCAAACUUUAUUGAUGCUAAACUGGAUGUUAUUAGCUUAUGGGCUUAUGAUGCUGCUUCCGCACUAGCCAGGGCAGUUGAGAAAGCUGGGAUCACAAAUAUUGUAUUUGAAAAGACAUAUUCUUCAAGCAAUUUAACUGAUUUGGAAACUAUUGAGGUCUCUCAAAAUGGCCCGAAACUUUGUGAAGCAUUAUUGGGUGUAAGAUUUACAGGCCUUGCUGGAGAUUUCAGUCUUGUUAAUGGGCAACUACAAUCAUCAACUUUUGAGAUAAUUAAUGUGAAUGGUAAUGGAGAAAGGGGGAUUGCAUUCUGGACACCAGAAAAAGGAUUGGUAAGAAAAUUGAAUUCGAAGAAUACAAGCACAUAUUCCACUUCAAAGAACAAUCUAGGACCUAUUAUAUGGCCGGGUGAUUCAAGCUCUGUCCCCAAAGGUUGGGAGAUUCCAACAAAUGGGAAGAAGCUGCGAAUAGGAGUUCCAGUGAAGGAUGGUUUUAGUGAAUUUGUUAAGGUGACGCAUGAUCCUAGCACUAACAAAACAAAGGUCACUGGGUAUUGCAUAGAUGUCUUUAAUGCUGUAAUGGGAACAUUGCCAUACACUGUUAGCUACGAGUUCAUUCCUUUUGCAAAGCCAAAUGGUACAAGCAGCGAUACUUAUAAUGAUCUGGUCUAUCAAGUAUAUCUUAAGAACUUCGACGCUGUGGUAGGAGAUAUAACAAUUAUAGCAAACAGGUCUAAAUUUGUGGACUUCACAUUGCCAUACACGGAAUCUGGAGUAUCAAUGGUCGUGCCAGUCAAAGACAACAGGUCGAAAAACGCAUGGGUGUUCUUGAAGCCUUUAACUUGGGACCUUUGGAUGACAAGCGGUUGUUUCUUUAUCUUCAUAGGCUUUGUGGUAUGGGUUCUUGAACACAGAAUAAAUGAUGAUUUUCGCGGGCCUCCCUUGCAUCAGAUUGGGACAAGCUUAUGGUACACCUUCUCCACCAUGGUUUUUGCACAUCGGGAGACAGUGUUAAGCAACUACGCUAGGUUUGUGGUGAUUGUAUGGGUUUUUGUGGUGCUCAUACUCACUCAAAGCUAUACUGCAAGUUUAACAUCACUCUUAACUGUUCAACAGCUGCAACCAACUGUUACUGAUGUCAACCAGCUUAUUAAGAAUGGGGAGUAUGUCGGGUACCAACGAGGUUCCUUUUAUUUAGGAAUCUUAAAAGAAAUGAACUUUGACCCAAGUAAGUUUAAGGUAUAUAAUUCUAUAGAAGAAUGUGAUGACCUUUUAUCCAAAGGAAGUGCAAAUGGCGGUAUAGCUGCUGCUUUUGAUGAAAUCCCAUACAUGAAGCUUUUUCUGGGACAAUAUUGUUCAAAGUAUACCAUGGUUGGAUCCUUAUACAAAACUGAUGGCUUUGGCUUUGUCUUCCCAAGAGGUUCCCCUCUUGUUGCUGAUGUUUCAAGGGCAAUCUUGAAAGUGACUGAAGGAGAGAAAAUGAAAGAGAUUGAAAAGGCAUGGCUUGGGAAGGAAAGCAAUUGUCCAGACUCCAACACCCAGGUUUCUUCCAACAGUCUCAGCCUCGCUAGCUUUUGGGGCCUAUUCCUCAUUACUGGUGUUGCUUCCACAUCAGCCCUCAUCAUCUCCGUGUGCAUGUUCCUUUACAAGGAGAGGCGGCAAAUCUUGAUGCGUUUUGAUAAUUCAAAAGUUUCAUUAAAGAGAAGAAUUGGGCAUACAUUGAGAAUCUUUGACAAAAAAGACCUCACCUCGCAUACUUUCAGAAAGAGAGCAAUUGAAGACAAAAGUGGCAUUAAUAGUGGCACAAGUGAACCCUCACCAAAAUCUAACUGUCCCCUGAGUCCAUCAAGCCAUUCAGCACGCACAGAACCCCACUUGGUUUUCUUGGGAGAUCCAAGAACGCCUUCUAGAGAGUACGCUGAUCUUAGUCCACACAGAUAAGUGUCUUAACCAGCAGCAGCAAUUGAGCUAAUUGUCCACCCAAAUCAAGAGGGAUCAAGAAUUCAUUUGACUAUAUCACGAAAGCCAUUAAUAUGCAUUUCCAAUCUAACAUGACAAUGACAAAUCCAUCUGAUAUCAUAAUUUCAUUUAAGGGUAGUAUUCUUUGCAUAGUUAAGGACUAAAUUCGUUCAUCAAUGUGGUUUUUAAACGUAUUAAUUGUAAGUAAUUGUAGCUCCAAGAAGUAAUUGUAUCUUCGACU